AUGCCCGGCAGCUUUGAAACGAAAUGCCCCUCGCCAACCGCUGCGGCCGGCCCAGCUCCGCCAGCUGGCCCCGGCUCCUGCCAGGGCACCAAGGAAGCCCCCCGCGCCACCCUGGCUGGGCACAAAGGCCUCGCAGCCCUGCGCCCACCAGACCCCAAGGAGUCGCGAGACACAGCUCCCGCUCUGCCCGGCACGGCCACGCCGGCGCCACAAAAUAGGAGCUGCUGGGUGGCCCUAGAGCCAUCGCCAGCCUGCGGCCAGCGGCCACGGGGCGCGCCAGGAGCCUUCCCAAGGAGGACGAGCAAGGCCAGGGCGAGCGAGCCCAAAGCCUUUGCCGCAAAGAGCGGGCGCCAAAAAGGGUGUCCCUGGGCGGUCUUGUGUCCCGGCAGGAGCCGGGGCCGCCCCUACAGUCUCCCCUGGCGGUCUUCCGUCCCGGCAGGAGCCGGGGCCGCCCCUAGUCUCCCCUGCGGUCUCCCAUCCCGGUUGGAACCGGGGCCGCUCCUGCUUAGCUUCCCCGGGGGGCCUGUUAAGGGGAGGGUAGCUGCACCGUGGCCCCCGCCAGCUCCGCCCCCCAGCACCGCCUUUAGCUCCGCCUCCUUUCCCGCUCCACCAGCUCCACAAAGGCUCCUGACAACAGGCCGGGCCGCACACUCGCCCUCGCCAAACCCAGCCCGAGCAAAGCCCUCGCACACUCGCCACACCCACCGGGGACCCUGCCACAGCACCUUCCCGGCCUCUCGGCUCCCAGCGCACCACCACGCCUGCCACCCCCCGACCACUGCCCCGGGCACCUUCGGGGCCACCCGCGCCCCAGGCUCACCCUUCACCUUCCCUCGGCACAUCGCGCGGGAAAAGGAAGGCAUUUUUUCCCACGGCCCGCCCCUGGGCACCUCGUGCUGCUGCGUGGCUUCCUCAGCGUCCGUCCGACCGACAAGGGGGCGCCUGCUUUCAUCGCCGGAAAUCCCGCGGGCACCCUCUCCAAUCCGAAGACGCUCACUCGAUUCUUCGGACCGGCCUCCCGUCAAGGGACACGAGCCCCUCUGCUAACCGCGCCUCACCUCUCGGCAUGGCUACAAGCUUUUCCCACCGGGAAAGCUGUGAUUUACGGAUGAAAGACUUCACAACAAAGGGUUGUAAAGCAGCUGCAACUGAGCAGGUGGUCGAUUCGCACUCCUGCCCAAAAUCAUCCCCACCUACACAACCCCUGAAACCAGGGGAGCACCUCACAACCCUCACACUCUUCAGCUGCAAGACCAAACCGCAUUUCCAAACCACCGAGAACACACCAACAGCCACAGGCUCCGUAUCUUCCACAGUCCUGGGCAGAGACACACGGAAAGAAGGAUUCAGUCUCUCCACAGAACACGACUGGAAACACCAACGCCGGCAGCUUUGAAACGGCCUGACAGUUUAGGAGUAGCGCUCGGGGAUAUUAGAAAUGCCCCUCGCCAACCGCUGCGGCCGGCCCAGCUCCGCCAGCUGGCCCCGGCUCCUCCCAGGGCACCAAGGAAGCCCCCCGCGCCACCCUGGCUGGGCACAAAGGCCUCGCAGCCCUGCGCCCACCAGACCCCAAGGAGUCGCGAGACACAGCUCCCGCUCUGCCCGGCACGGCCACGCCGGCGCCACAAAAUAGGAGCUGCUGGGUGGCCCUAGAGCCAUCGCCAGCCUGCGGCCAGCGGCCAUGGGGCGCGCCAGGAGCCUUCCCAAGGAGGACGAGCAAGGCCAGGGCGAGCGAGCCCAAAGCCUUUGCCGCAAAGAGCGGGCGCCAAAAAGGGUGUCCCUGGGCGGUCUUGUGUCCCGGCAGGAGCCGGGGCCGCCCCUACAGUCUCCCCUGGCGGUCUUCCGUCCCGGCAGGAGCCGGGGCCGCCCCUAGUCUCCCCUGCGGUCUCCCAUCCCGGUUGGAACCGGGGCCGCUCCUGCUUAGCUUCCCCAGGGGGCCUGUUAAGGGGAGGGUAGCUGCACCGUGGCCCCCGCCAGCUCCGCCCCCCAGCACCGCCUUUAGCUCCGCCUCCUUUCCCGCUCCACCAGCUCCACAAAGGCUCCUGACAACAGGCCGGGCCGCACACUCGCCCUCGCCAAACCCAGCCCGAGCAAAGCCCUCGCACACUCGCCACACCCACCGGGGACCCUGCCACAGCACCUUCCCGGCCUCUCGGCUCCCAGCGCACCACCACGCCUGCCACCCCCCGACCACUGCCCCGGGCACCUUCGGGGCCACCCGCGCCCCAGGCUCACCCUUCACCUUCCCUCGGCACAUCGCGCGGGAAAAGGAAGGCAUUUUUUCCCACGGCCCGCCCCUGGGCACCUCGUGCUGCUGCGUGGCUUCCUCAGCGUCCGUCCGACCGACAAGGGGGCGCCUGCUUUCAUCGCCGGAAAUCCCGCGGGCACCCUCUCCAAUCCGAAGACGCUCACUCGAUUCUUCGGACCGGCCUCCCGUCAAGGGACACGAGCCCCUCUGCUAACCGCGCCUCACCUCUCAGCAUGGCUACAAGCUUUUCCCACCGGGAAAGCUGUGAUUUACGGAUGAAAGACUUCACAACAAAGGGUUGUAAAGCAGGUAUGUUUAUUCGGCGCCGGGCACGUGGGGGAUGGCUCCGCCACAACAAGCAUGCGCGCCCCCCUGCCCUGCUAGUCUUGCUUCUAUGUUACAAAGCGUUGCAUAUUCACGAGACGCCUAUGCAUAUUCAUAACCUA